ACUUGGGUAUAGAGCGUUUGUGCCUCUGCGGCGUACAAGCAUCGGGAGGAGAGGGACUCGUGUGGAACGGAGCCGCUUCAGGACAGACGCUGCCGUCCAUCCAUCUUGAUUUAUUAGGAAAUUUCUCCACUUUUCAGCAAAUAGACAGACUUUCGUGGCAGCGGUGGACCUGGAUGAGACUGGCUGGAUUUAUCAGAGGCACUUGGAGGCUUUCUGGUCUGGAAAUGUCUGUGGAUGUGAGAGGAGAUAGACAGUGAUUGAAACCAUUGUUUUAUAAGCUCAUCACAUCUCGGAUGAUCUAAUUUUGACCAAAAUUUAGGUUCAAGUGGAUUCCAGAGUGAAGCAUUAAACUUUAGGCUAUAGAUCUCCUGUGUAGUGGAAUGUGUGAGAAACCUAUGCUCAUUUUAAACAAUCCAUUCAUAAUUUUAGAUCAACAUUCCUGUUAGAAGUGAAAGUCGACGAUCAUGGCCAUCAACACUGACGCCGACUUCCAGAAGUCCGCCCUGGGUGAGGGUGGAGGAGGCGCCCCCCCUGCGGACUUCCAGGAGACGGAGAAACUCCUGGCGGUGACCAGCGAGCCCGGAGGAACCGGGACGAGAGGAUCCAGCUCCUUCACCGUCAACACGGGCGGCGACAAGGACCUAGAGGCCGACCAGAACGGCCACAGCGUCGCUCUGAGGUCGGGCUCCGCCGGGCAUCUGGCCGCCGCCGCCCCCCUCUCCCCGUCCAAGGUGAGCCUGAGUCGCUCCUCCACCGGGAACGCCACCGUGCCGGAGACCCCCGAACCCAAGGAUUACCUCAUCCUAGUCAUCUUGUCCUGCUUCUGCCCAGUUUGGCCUGUCAGCAUCGUGGCUCUGGUUUACUCCAUUAUGUCCAGAAACAGUCUGCAGUCCGGUGAUGUAGAUGGAGCUCGGAGGCUGGGAAGACUAGCUCGACUUCUCAGCAUCGUCUCUAUUGCACUGGGGGUGAUCAUCAUCGUAGUCUUUACCUCCGUCAGCAUGACAGCAGGCAACUGAAGCACUGACCUGGAUGGAACCGAGACAUGAAACUAGGAGACAUGCAAUGCAAGUGACAGAUGCUGAACAGAAAAGAAAGAACUAUUUAAAAAAAAGGUGUACGUGGUGCAUUGUGGCAACUUCAGACAUUAAAAGUAGUCAAGAUCGUAGAUGGUCUUGCAACAAAAAGACAUCAGAAAAUGAGUGAAGAUGCAUGCAUUAGAUUUCAGCAGCAUUUGCUUGACAGAAUCCCCUGAUCCAAACUGUUCAGGUUAAAAAAAGAAGAAUGCCAAUAGGUGUGCGUGUUAAUGUGUGAGGAGGGGGGCUCCAAUGUGUUUUUUUUUUCUUUCUUCAAAUGAAGAAGUUGUUUGGUGUAUGCAAAGGGAGAGAGUGUGGAAAGUGAACUGUUUACAUCUGUGAUGGGCUCCCCUCCAACAAAACUAGCAAAGAUGUAUUAAAGCAUAAAUUACUGAACCUCUUGCAUUCAAAGUAUACACAGCAGCAAAUAGAUUUGGAUAUAUGAAUAUACACACUCUAUAGGAACUUUUUAAAAUAAAUCUUUGUAUGCAAAUUUUUGGUGAGAGAAAGAAGGCAUUAUCAGUGCUUGAAUUACGAGGACAAAUUUAAGGACUUGUGGGGGAAAAGGGGCAGGCAACAGAACUUUCAGCUUGAUUGAUUUAAUGAUUUUAUUUUCAUGUGUGUAAAAUUUUGGUUUUCUAACUAUAAGAAUUGAUACCAACUGCAUGUCUGAAUGUAAAUUACCGACGUUAUGCCUUCUUUUGGAACGUACAUUCUUCUUGCCUGUUAAGGGGAUCACAGGUUUGUACACGAUACAGUGAUUAGUGUAAAAUUAGCAGAGUCACACUUAACGCACGAGGGCUGUCAUCGGUCCCCAACAGCCUCCAUGCAUCCCCACGACCUUGCUUAAAGCAUGACUAAGCCUUGCACCAAACCAAAUAACCCUCAUUCUGACGCAUUGACUGCUGCCUGCCUCCCAGCUCCUCUACAUUUACAUUGAUUUUUAUUAUUUUACAGGCAGUGACCAUUUUCCUCUCCACACAGUGACUGUUAAAAGGCAUUGUUCUCUGUACUUGUAUAAGAAGUAUUCAUAUGGAAUUAUAUAUGCAAUAUGUACGCAUGCUGCUGGACAAACAGGCUGACUCUUAUUUUUGUAAAUGAGCAGGUCUAUGAGCUUGACUUAAAACAAAAAGCAUUUAACGAAGCCAUCCCAAAUAUCCAAGUAUGCAACACUUUUAAGGAGACCUCUGUAUUACGUUGUUCCUGCACAUACAUGUGACUGUUAUGCUGAUAUUUUUACAUGCUAAUCCUGCAAACACACCUAAAGUUGCCGCUCCAUUAUUAAAAUGACGUGUUCUUCCUUUCUUGUGUUUACUUUUUUCCACUAAAGAUGACAAAAAAUCUCAAAAUGGUUCGAGUUUCAUUGGUUUAAGGGCUCCAACAGUUAAAGCUCUGCUUAUUCAGAGCAGCUGUUGGGAACUGGUCUAAGUCAUGAUGUCAUGAAAUGAGCAUUUUUCACAUAAAAUAGAUCCAAAAACUAAAGAUUCCUUAUGUUUACUGACUCAAGGAUUCACCCACAUUGUUCAUCUAUGGAACUGGCACUGAGGAGAUCCCAGAAGCACUGCUUUGUCAUUGAACUUCUUAAAUAUUCUUUUUUACUACAUUUUUAUAUUCCUGUUUCUUUUGGGGUAAAGUGUAUGUAGUAGUGUGUCAUCCUUGUCAUGUAUAUUUUGCAUGUAAGGAAUAAAUGUUACCAUGCAUGGUC